UUAUUUAUUAUGGAACAUUUAAAAAAUUGAUAACGUCAAUUUCAAGUUAAAAUGAUUUGUUUUACAUAAAUGUAUAAAAUUACAAGCAUUUCAUAAUUCAUUAGGUUAAAUAGAUUUGAUAUUUAUUAAAGUAAUAUGAGUUUUAAUGGCUAUAAAGAUAUUAUUGAAGAAGAUGACACUGUUAUUUUGUAUAUUAAUCCACAGAACAUGUAUGCUGUUCGAGCUCAAUCAAUGAUUGAAAAUCGUAAAGGUGAAAUAAUUGAAAAUGUCAUGCAAACUAAAUAUGGUGCUUUAAAAAUAUCUUCCUUAUUUGGAAAACGAUAUGGUUCUAAAGUUAAUCUAUCAAAUGGUUGGGCACAUGUAUUACAUCCCACACCUGAAUUAUGGACACAGACUCUACCUCAUAGAACACAAAUUAUUUAUACACCAGAUAUUAGUCUAAUUAUGUAUUUAUUAGAACUUAAACCUGGAAGUAUUGUUGUUGAGUCAGGCACUGGUAGUGGGUCAUUGACUCAUUCUAUGGCUUUGAGAGUAAAACCUUUUGGUCAUGUAUAUACAUAUGAUUUUCAUGAACAGAGAGCUGAACAGGCUCAGAAAGAGUUUAAAUUACAUAAAAUUCAGGAUAUUGUUACAUGUCAAUGCAGAGAUGUUUGCCAGAAUGGAUUUUGUGAUAAUGUAACCGGAAAAGCGGAUGCAGUAUUUUUGGAUUUACCUCAUCCUCAUUUAGUUGUUCCUUAUGCUGCUAGAGCUUUAAAGCCAUCAGGUGGUAGGAUAUGCACGUUUUCGCCGUGUAUCGAGCAAGUGAUCCGCACGUGUAAAGUUCUGCAAGACUCCGGAUUUAUACAUCUGAAAACCAUAGAAUGUCUAGAGAAAGAAUAUCAAGUGGUGAAUCGAACUGUAGUUGUUCCCUCGUUGCCUUCCGAUCAAUCGGCCGCUGACGAUUCAAACAGUACUGAAAAAAAAUUUGUAGCCUGUGUACCAGAUCCUUCUACACGCGGCCAUACGGGUUAUCUGACUUCGGCCACUUAUGUUGGGGUUCAUUACCAACAAUCACAAACACUAUCUCAACCACUAAAAGACGAAGAAGACCAACAGACGACGACAGAAUGAUGUUAAACAAGACGAUUGUUCGAUAAAAGUUGUAUUGAUGAAAUGAUAUUGUUCUCGUUUUAUUUUUUUGUUUUACAUUUUGAUACUUUGACUAUACGAUUGCGCUGGCGCUAUGAAAUAAAAAAUAAGAAAUAAAUUGAAAAAAACGUA